GGGUAGCAACACUUCAGUCCUGACAGAACAGCGCUCUCACUGGCAUGGCUGGAGGACCGGAAUACCAACCUCUGCUGAGAAAGAUACCAGGAAGCAAGGUAAGUGAGCUGCAUGUAUGUUGUAUGCUGGGAGUUUUUUUAAACUGACCUCAUUUUGGGAUCACAAGAUAUCACUUAGUGUUAAUGAUAGAAUUCAAUGUCCUGGCGUUUUCUGCAGAACAUGCCUUACUUUACUCGAGUUAUAAACAGUAGGUUAACUGUUUGAGAAUCUUUCAGCGGCAGACAGAUAAAUAGGCAGAGUAAAGAGUAAGUACUUGUUUUGGAUUCUAGUCACAGAAUGUAAACAUGCUCUGUACAGAUAGGAAACUGCAAAUCACCUAAUAAAACCAACACUGUAGAAGUGAUUAGGCCACUUUUUUAAACAAUGUUUAUUGUUGCAUAAAAGGGUAUAAUAUAGAACUAAAAAAAUGGAUUCUAUAUCAUUUAUGAGCUAAAACCAGCUUGAGUUCUGAGCGGGGACCCACCGAAGGGCAGGCUAUUUUAGCUGCUGUCCGUUCUCAGAAUACUCUUGCGACCCGUUUUUUGCUCUAUAAUAUAGAACUGUAGGAAAAACACUGAAAUAGGGAGCAUAUGUUAAUGUGUAAUUGUGAGAUAGUAUAGCUGUAACACAAGUUAAGUCCCUCCUUUAUAUAAAGUUCUACAUAAAGGCGUUAGUAGUAUAAAGGGUUAUUUACUAAAGUGAGAAUUUAAAGUGAAUUUCAAAUUUAAGUCCAGAGUAGCCAAACUGAAAGCAUUGCUGACUCAGACAACUUUUCCGGCUCAGCUAUUUGUACCUUAAAUUCGAAAUCCAAUUAGAAUUCUCAGUUUAGUGAAUAACCCUCUCUAUGUUUUGGUAUUAGCCUGAUCGUGUAUAAGGUGUUCAGCAUUGUUUUCUGUGAGGUAUAAUUUAUUGUGCUUAACUAAAAAUAAAACUAAAUAAAAACUAAUUUUGGAGUCAAAUGUCAUGCUUCAAGCCACUAGCACUGUUAUUAUUAUUUUUAUUUUUUAUUUUUUUAUUGGUAUUUUUGUAGCGCCAACUUAUUCCACAGCAUUAACUACUGUCUGUCUCCCUACCUAGUAUAUAAACCGGGAACUGAAAUUGUCUAUUUUAGUUGGAAAUAGCUGGAAGAACAGCUAAGCUGCAGUUGUUUUGCAUUUUGGGAUGCAAUUUCCUUGUACCAAACUAUUACCAUUGUUAUUAUGUGAUGUGUAUAGGCAUAGCACAGCAGUCACUAUUGGAUAGCCCGAGGUGUACUUUUAAUGAAAGAGUAUAUAAAAGACACGAAGAGUUAAAUGGAUUCUCUAAAAAGCUUUGAAGUUAUGCUUUUUAACCAGGGAAAGGUAAUAAGAGGAUAAGCAUCCUGCUAAAACAUCUGCUUAGAUGAGAAGUCUUGAAGAAACUUCAUUGUUUGAUAUACACAGACUGUGUAGAUGUCAUAAAUCCAUUAUCUAUCUGUUAUGUUGUCAUUGCUUUGAAGAACUUCUACUUUCUUUUCAAAUGUUUUUAUUUUUGCACAUUUUAAUCAUAUACAUAAUAUGUUACAUGGGUUAUAUCUUAUGUUAUCACAUUCUAUGUUUCUAUGGAAAACUACCACAACAAGAGGAUAUAGUCUAAAACUAGAUGGGCAAAGGUUUAAAAUUUUUAUCAUGAAGUAUUACAUUACUGAGAGGGUAGUGGACUCAUGGAAUAGCCUUCCAACUGAAGUGUUAGAGGUUAACACAGUGAGGAAGUUCAAGCAUUUGUGGGAUAGGCAUAAGGCUAUCCUAGAUAUACGAGACUAAAGCAAGUAUUAAGAAAAUUAGGCAGACUAGAUAGGCCGAAUGCUGUCACAUUCUAUGAUUCUAAUUAAUAAAAGUACACUGUGGCAAACUUUGCCACUUGUAGCAUGCUGGACUAUAUAUAAAAAGGUUGUCUGUAAUAACCGCUGUACUAUAUGUAUAACCUUGUGUGAUAAUGUUAUGUGUAUGGAAUUCGUAUGCUAGCAGCCGAAAGCCGCUAGGCAUUCAUGUGUUUCGUUUCACGAACAGCGACUUUACUGGCUGUUCGUGAACCGAAUGAGCUACCCCCUAAUAGCCCACACAUAGAGGGAUGUGUGGCGUUCAUUAACCGAUUGCAACAAUGUUGCAAUCGGUAAAUAGAGACUUUCCUAGGUGGCCGUCGUUCGGCUACCGACCACACGGUGGUCGUCUAUCUUAGAUCCUUUGUCUCACCAGCAGUGUUUGGUCGUCGAGUGCGCGGAACUGAAAACGGCUGCUCGACGGCGCGAACACCGCUGGACUUCCAGGCCGUUCGGGAGCUCCGGUCUUUCGUUAUUGUGGUUCCCCAUCGGUGUUCGGUACGUCUAGGCGAACUCGAUGGCAAAGUGUAUUUCGUGCGGCGUUCAGUUGUUUUAGCUGGGAUCUGAGCGGUAUUCCCACGAAAUGUGCGCUCAGACCCCAGCUAUCUACUGAACGCCCAUUCGUGUAAAUAAACCGAAUAGUGUAAAAGUUAUGUAUUUAAAUGUGAAAUGCCGGUUCUGCUGCAAGGGGGGAUAAUCCACUUAACGGUAUAUUCCAGUGGGAGUAUCCCUCUCGUCCAGCAGUGCCUGAUGGGAGAAAUGCUUAGAAUGUUAAGUCCCCCAUGUAGUCCCCUACUGUGUUACCCCUGCUAUGUCAGUAGGGAAACCCCUUGCAUGGGGACUUGCAUAAAUACUGGAGCUGUGAAUAAAGACUUCAGUUGACUCCCAGAACUGUGUUUCGUCCGGUUACUGGGGGAUUUGGGAUAUUGCCUUACUUUUCAGCGCUUGACUGUGGAUUACCCACUUUACCAGCGGAGAUCGUGGGAUUUAAUAUUGCUGCUCUGCUACAUACACAAUAUAAACAUAACGGGAUAACAGGAUAAAGAAAAGGAAAACAGGGAAAUAAAUGGAAACAUUUUUUAAAAAUGCACAAGUUUCUGACCAAUAUGUCGUUAAACACAAUAAAAGAAAAAAUUCGACUAUCAAUUUCAUUGACCUGUACAUACAAUUUGUUUACUAACUAGUAGUAGUUACAAAUUAGUAUUAUAACUGGUAUGCAAUGACUUUAUACUGGAAGAUCAUAAAAUAUUUGACCAACUAAUUUACUCUUUUUAACUUUAUUCUCCCAAGCCUCUGAUGUUUGGCCUAACUGUAUCUGGGGUGAAGAAGAUUUCAUAGUCCUUUUUUUCCCAAGGGCUAAAUAAAUAAUUUAGUUUUUAGUGGGAAUCAUCAGAAAUUUUCAGUAUCUUGGUAGAGCAAUAAUCUUUACAGGGGGUUCUUCUUUCUGUGAUCAUUUCAAAUGUGCUAUGUCAUAUUUCCCCAUAGAGAUUCUGAACUUUCCUCAAAAACACUGCAGCAUCUCACAUCCAUAUUGCAUGCUUUAUCCUAGGUGCAUUAUUCUAUUCCCUAUAUACGUAUCUCUAAUAGUGCCUGAUGUAACCCUGCAUUAAUCUUGUUCUACAAGAUAAAUUCUUCACUUAGAGUUAAAAAAGUAGCUUCUCCCUAUUAUCAGCACAACUUAGAAAAUAAAACUCUUACUGAUGUUUGCAUUGGCACCUGGAUAUCCUGUACUUAAUAAAGGACCAUUAAAGUCAUGAGACUAGAUUAUCUCAAAGAAGUGGUUAUACUAGUUUAUCUCAAUGAAGUGGUCUAGGUGCAGUGGUCCUGUCAUUUUAACCCUGCAAUAUAAAACAUUCCUGUUUUACAGGCUUAAAGGAACACUCUAGGCACCAAAACAACAUCAUCUAAAUUAAGUUGUUAUGAUGUCAGGAAGCCCCUGAAGACACCCUUACCUCUUACCAUUUAGAUGCAGUUGUAUUUGAUCCUGGAGUGUCCCUUAAAUACACCUCUAGUGUAUCACUUGGAUGUCUUUAUGAUAGCCAUCAGAGAUGGCACUUCCUCUAGAAUCUAAUGGAACUCAGUCCUGGAAUCAAAUGCUGCUGAUAGGAGCAUUUGAUUGGAGGAGCACAGCUUUUGGCCGUGCAUGCGUAUCUGCAAUCUGUUCCUUCUCUAACAAAAGCAAUGGAUUGAUGGAGAUUGCGGAAGACGUCAAGACAUGCUAAUGUGCUUGUGUGUAUGAUGCUUAUGUGUUUACAAUCAUAAUUUUUCAGUAGUUUGAAUUCUUUGUUCUUUCUUUCCUUUUUCUUUACGCAUGCUUUAUAUUAAUUUCAUAUGUCAGUCUUCAUUAUAAAAUGCAUGUCAACUGUGUCCUACCAUUUGUGUUUUCAGACUAUUAUUAUUCUUUAUGAUACGUGUUCCUUUGAUAAAACUUUAAAUUAAAUGAGAUUUGAAUACAAUAUGUGGAAUGUUUUUUUAAUCGGUAUAUAAUAAAAAAAAAAGUUCUAAAAAAGGCAGAUUUCUCCUUUUAAAAUGUAGCAUUUCCCAACACCCUCAUUUUAUUAUUAAUACAUUUCUACUUUUAUUACAACCUUUGAUUUUGGCUCAGCAUUUUGCUGCCAGAUUUAAUCACCAACCUGGGUUUGAGCAAGAAGAUUCAUUCUUUUCCAUUAAGUAGUACUGUUGUCUUGCACACUAUAACAAUCAUCUAGAAUAGAUUAAAGCAUUUGGGUUUAUGAAACCAUGAUUUAUGUAGAACUGACAAGAGAGUUGUAAGCCUUAGACUAAAAUGACAUACAAAAUCUUUAAUGAUCAAAAAAGCACUUAAAGGACCACCCUCAGGGUCCCACUCCCGCCGGGCUCUAGGGGGAGUUAGGGGUUAAACAAUGAGACAGCCACUAGAGGCUGGAUUAACCCAUAGGUAAACAAAGCCGUUUCUCUGAAACUGCUAUGUUUACAGAAAAAAGGGUUAAUCCUAGCUGGACCUGGCACCCAGACCACUUCAUUAAGCUGGGUGCCUAUAGUGGUCCUUUAAUCUACAAAAACAUUUUUAUUUUUUACAACAAACAUGCUCUUUUAAUUUUAUAUAUAAAGCUGUUCAAAACACCAAUGUGUGCCUUUUUCAAACACAAUGUUUCUAUAAGAAUUUAAAUCCAAAAAGGAUAGCAUGUUAUACCAUCUCUUUACAAGAGAACUGCAAAUUGUAAGCCAAAAUAGCUUAGUUGGAGCACCAUAUUUACACCAGCUCUUUUAUCUUUAUGUGCAAAAAACCUACUUUUUGUAUUGUGCAAUGAAUAAAAUGCAUUAGUGUUAAAUGCUUGCCAACCAAAUUCACAUUUUUGGGAACAAAAUACCGCAAAGUACUUUUAAUAUACUUAAGAUUCACAGCUAUGUUCUUCUUUCUUCUUCACAGUACAAAUAACUUGAACAGAAAACAAUAAUAAAACACAAAAGAGUAACCUUUUAAUGUGUUAACCACUGCACUCAUAAUUAACAGAGCCUCCAAAAGUGAACUCUGAUCCACAAAAGCCACUGAUCUUGUUAGAAAGACCUUUUCCACAUAAUUGUCUCUUAUAUCUGUAAAUAGUAUUACAGAAAUACAGAUAGUGUUUUUUAGUUUAAAUCAUUUAGAUGUACACAAGAUAAACUAGCAUUACUCACAUUGUUCUGAGCCUCCACUUAAGCUCAAUUUCAAACACAAUGGUGCAUAUUUGUCAAGUGAUAUACCUCCUUUGUAGUGGUAGCUUCAAAUAUCUCUUUUUUUUUUUUUUUUUUAAAGGAAACUCCAAAUAUCCAGAAGUUGUGAUCAGUCAAUAUUUAUUUACUUAUUAAUAAUAUAUUAAAUUAGAAAAUAUAUUGUACAAAAUAGGGUGUAAAAUAACAACAUGUUUCACCUUUAAAAAUGUAGGCUUCCUUAGCCACCUAACAGCAUCCACUAAAUGUCUACUUUAAAUAUCCUCAGUUCAACAACCAAAGUCAAUGAUUGACUGCUCCUUCCAGAAUCAUUCUAUCUACAUAUUGGUUUGCAGUCCAUGAGUUUUACUUUUUUCCAAAAUAGCUUUCCACAUUCCUUUUUUUUUUUUAUUCAAGUUUUCAUGAGGCUGCACUUGGUUUGUGUUCUAUUUCUAUUAAACACGUUUCAUUAGAACUCCAUGGCUCCAUUUCUAUACUAGAUUUAGUACAUUUCAAACAAUCUAAAAAAUAUCACUUUUUAAUUAUGCUCUCUCAGCAUUAAGUUAUGAAGAUAACGAAGAGCGAAUUUGGACAAAUAUCCAAAUGGGAGGAGUAAUUAUGAAAGUAUUAUGUUGUGAAAAGAGAGAAAAUUUAAAGUAUAGUAUAACAUAAAAUAAUGAAAAAAUACUUUUUGUUUGUGUAUACAUUAGUUAGAAAAAAAGAGCAACAUGUAUUAUAAAUAGAUGUUGGAAUUUAUGGUCACAACUUCUGGGUGCUUGGUGUGUACUUGGAAAAAGUAAUCUUUGAAGCUACCACCAACACAAUGGGGUAUUAACGGACAAAUAGACACCACUAUGUUUGAAAGUGAGCAUAAAGUAGCAGCUCAGAACUGUGUGAGUAAUGCUGGUUUGUCCAAUGUGUACAACUAAAUGUAUUCACUAAAUUCAGAAUCUUUAUAAAGUAAUUCUAAAUGUCAAAACUGAACUGUUUUAUUGUUCAAAUAUAAUUUGGAAUAAUAUUAAGUGAUUUAAGGAUUAUGCAUUAGAUCUGUAACUCAGUGAUGGAAGGAUAAUGCAUUAUAUAUGUAACUCAGUGUUUACAGAUGGUGACAUCGGCUGUGCAACCAUUUCUCGUAAUGUUACCCAGUUCACCUCCAUGCAGUUCAGGGUAGCCUGUUAUUGAUGGUAGUUACACUCCUAUGAAGGAGUCGACUUUAAUGACAUCAGUUGAAAUCGAUGAAACCCUGAACUGCAAAUCUCACUGAACUACAGUUUUGUCCUCCCAUUAACAUUUACAUCACACUAUGUGUAAGAUUAACCCCUACAUUACAUUACACUAUCACUAAACCUUAACCACUACCCCACAUGUACUAACCAUUAACACCUAUACCUCCCGAAAGUUAAUCCUUAUCCCCUACAAUAACCACUAACCCUAGUCUAAAAGAAUUGUGUAUGGCAUCAGGUUAUGUAAAUGCAAUCACCGAAUUCUGGAUACAUUUAUCAACCACAUGAAAAAAAUGUAUGUCUCCCUAACUCUUUUAUGGCAUGAUUUUUCCAUAACACAUUUCACAGUUUUGUAUUGUCUCUCUCUAAGCUUAUUGUCUAAUGUAAUAUAGUGUGAACUGCAUGCUAUAUCUGCCUUCCUUCUCAAACUUCUGGGGGAACUGCUACGCUUUCAUAAAAUGAUUCCUGUAUACCACCUAACAUUCUAUUGUACACCUAUAAUUUUCCCCUGCUAAAAAAGUGAAUCAGGUCAUCUGACACAGCCAGCAUUCGUUGCAUUCAUCAAGCCAGUUUCUUCUGCCUUGUUUUUAUUCAUUGUGAUUGUGGAGGAAAUCAUGAAAAUCAGUUCACUUCCAUGUUAUCCAUCCAACUUUGAACUACAGUAAAAGGUUUCGAGUACUUGACUAUUCCACUGUAGUUGUUCUGGUGCAAGGAGUGCAUGACGCUGCACGCUGGGAGACCGCCCAUUUUAACAAACGCCGGGGUCAGUCACCUGACCCGGCGUUAAAGUCACAGUGCCUCAAUCACAGUGGUAGGUUUAGAUAUCUCCCACGUGUGAUUGUUAAUUCUGAUUGGAAAUUAUCCAAUCAGAAUUUACCUAUGGAUUUAAAUACUUACCUUUCCUGUUCCGUUCCGCCCUGUUGUGGUCUUUACUUGCUAGUAUUACUACUGAACUUGUGUUUCUGGUUACAUACUCUCUGGCUUGUUUAUCCGACUUUGUGACUUUCUCCUACCCUUUGACCUCGGCUUGUCUAUCAUUAUUGUCUUCUGGUUCCCCUUUACUCGGCUUGUUUCCUGACUAUUCUUUGUGUGCUUAGCCCGGCCACUCUAAGGUCUGGUACUGCACUUUGUGUGUGUGUUGGCGUGUUUGGUUCCCCCCGAAUCGUGACACCGACAGUGCUUAGAUUUUACUUUUUAGUUUUUUUAUAAUGGGAACAAUAAAAAUAAUGGGAAAUAUUUAAACAUGCAUCAGUCACUAUGGGGGUCAGUGGAGUGUUUCUUCCUCUUGUCCCACUUUGAGCUUAUUCCUUUUUUAAGAAUAAUGCACCAAUGUUCAUUUGGAGUUUAGUUUAACUACACAAUUCCUAGUUAACAAGAGAAUUGUUGGGAAUUGAUCAGGGAACUACAAAUUUGAAGCAUAGAUGAAGUCAAAUUUAUCCUUUUUAUUUUGGCCUAAAAUGUUAAAAUCUGCAGUAAAUUUAUACAAUUUUUCACUUUAGUGAGUAACCCUGCUAUAGUCUCAAUAAUGUGGCUGCUGUAAAGCUGCCAGUUCCUACCAUAGUGCUGUGUAAGCAAGUUCAUGACUUCUUUAUUCUUUGUGGAUUCCACUAGCAAGUAAUUUUUAUGUUCUUCUGAUUUACUGUGUAUUUAGAAGCAGUUUAGUUCCAGUGUCUGUUGACAUUAUCAUGUUAUCUGCUUGUGAUGAUUUAUGCAACUUGUGUUUGAAUCAUCACCUUUCGCAUCAUAUUUCUGUGAUCUGUAAAUGUUAAUAUAAUUGUGAUUAUAACUAUUAUUAAUAUUUUCUUAGUCUGAGAACUGUCAUAUUUUGCAAUUUUUGAUAAUCUUAUAAGGUAUUCUAUCUGAAUAUCAUUAGAUUAUUGCAUGGCAAAAAGAUUUGGCUUGUCCAAAUCUAUUCGUCUCAAAUAUGUUUGUUUCAGAUUAACCAAAUUUCGUCCAUGUGAUGUUUAAAUUCAGAUAACUGUAGUCUGUCAGUUUCGGGAAAAACAAUUUGGGUAAUCCAAACUGAUGUGAAAAUGCACCUAUCGGUGUACCGCAAUACAAAAAUAAAAACAAGAAAAUAAAUCAGCUUCUUCUCCACUCCAUUAAUAUUAGAGCUCACACCUGACUCUCAUGGGUGUUUUUUUCCCCCCAAUAACUGCCCAGUUGCCUUUAAGAAAACAACAAAAAAAGACAUUUAGAAGACAUGCCAACACCUGUCAUAUCAGUUAGGGGUAUUGGAGGCAAUUGGAGGUUUUUGGAGGGGGCCUGUUUGCCAGCCUCCUACCCUGUGACUAUGGCCCCUGUGUUAAACCCUGAUUAAAAUCAACUGUGUGUGCCUUUUUGGCCUUGUAUGGCCACAUUUCGAACUUUCGAAGCGGCACUUCCAAUUACCGAACAACCGCACAAACCAGAGACCACCCUGGAGCUUGUUAACACCUAUUAACAACUUGGAACGUUUCUCACCGCAGUGUUCUAAUUGUUCGUCUGGGUGGCCACAAUUCCAAUGGACAACCACAAGGUGGCGGCCAUCUUGUUCACAUGAACGCAGGCAGCAGUGUGUGGGCAUGAAUCUCAUGGAACUAAAAAUCGGAUACAGAAACUCCCGAACACCGCUGGACUGCCAUCAUCGCCUGCAUUCGGUUCCAUUCAACUUCAAGGAGGGCACUGUUCGGUGAGAUUAUUCAUCUGGAUGAGGGGAACAAGCUCCAGGGUAAGACUUUAGAAUCUGUUCAGUAGUUUGUCCAUUUUCAAAUGGUCUUACUGCCCCCCCCCUUACCCCCUAAAGAAUUUUGUUUAUUUAAAUCUACUUCAAUUCUAUUUUAGGGUAGAAUAAAUGUUAUGUAGACAGCUUCUAUGAAAAUAACACAGAACAGAACUAUUUUUUUUUUAAAUGAGAAAGAUUAACUAAUAAACAAACAAAAAUUAGAUUUUUAUUUUUGAAUACCACAUUUAAAGGAAUACUAGAGUGUUAGGAAUACAAAGCUGUAUUUGUAUUUGCUUCUGUGUCUGGCUGCUAAUGCUUGUCUCUUUCUUUGUCUGUUUGUAAAUGUCUAAAUCUGAAUGUGUGUUCAGGAGGGAAUAUCCUUGCAUAAGAAUGUUUGGGAUUUUGCCUUAAUGACUAAAAUCACUUUAUUAAAUGAUAAUCACAAAUCCACAUUAAAACAAAACAGUGAGGUGAAUAAAAAAAGUGAGAGCACUAUAAGAGAAUUUAGCAUUUUGAUAUUAUGCUAAAUUAACUGAUGAAAGAUUAUUUUUAGAUAGGACAGUCAAAACAUACAGAGUGUAUCAUUAGCAUGCUGUUGAUGAAUGCACACCCAGCAGAUAGGCAGAUAUAGUUGCUUAUUUACACAAGGCACAAAGUACCAAAAAAUAGCCCACUGUAUCAAAUGUAACUACUUAUCUGUUACACUGUUUCAAAAAAAGGACCAGCUACAUAAAGAUACUACAACUGAUUUCAGAGUGACAUAUGCAAUGUGUUACUAUAUAAAAUGGAACAGUCAAGUUGUCCGACACCCACCAAAAUGGAGUAAAAAAGGUAGUUUACUUACCUUUUCUCUAUCGCUUCGCUGGUCAUGCCAUGGCUGGCCUCACCUCCAAUUUUGAUUAUCCCAGCCAAUCCAAUGCUUUGCCAUAGAAAAAUCACUUUUGUUUCUGUUUAUGCAGAUCUAGCCACACCUCCCCUGGCUCUGACUAACACAGCCUGCAUUAAAACAAAAUAGAUUCAUUUAAUUCAUGAAAUUCAUUUCAAUCAGAUGUAACUUACUUUAACCCCUUAAGGACCAAACUUCUGCAAUAAAAUGGAAUCGUGACAUGUCACACAUGUCAUGUGUCCUUAAGGGGUUAAAGGACCACUAUAGUGCCAGGAAAACAUACUCAUUUUCCUGGCACUAUAGUGCCCUGAGGGUGCCCCCACCCUCAGGGUCCCCCUCCCGCCUGGCUCUGGAAGGGGGAAAGGGGUUAAAACUUACCUUUUUCCAGCGCUGGGCGGAGAGCUCUCCUCCUCCGAUCCUCCUUCUCUCCUCCCCGUCGGCUGAAUGCGCACGCGCGGCAAGAGCUGCGCGCGCAUUCAGCCAGUCACAUAGGAAAGCAUUCAUAAUGCUUUCCUAUGGACGCUGGCGUGCUCUCACUGUGAAAAAUCACAGUGAGAAGCACGCAAGCGCCUCUAGCGGCUGUCAAUGAGACAGCCGCUAGAGGAAAUAGGGGAAGGCUUAACCCAUUCAUAAACAUAGCAGUUUCUGUGAAACUACUAUGUUUAUGAAAAAAUGGGUUAACCCUAGCUGGACCAGGCACCCAGACCACUUCAUUAAGCUGAAGUGGUCUGGGUGCCUAGAGUGGUCCUUUAAAAGCAUGUAUCUCCUGCUCUGUAAAUUAAACUUUAAUUACAUUACAGCGGGCUCCUUCAUGGUCUAGCAAGCUAUUAACAGAGCAGGAGGGAAGAAAUUCUACAUUAAACAGAACAUGCAAUAAAGGAAGUAUAAACAUUAGAUGACUCUUUACAGGAAGUGUUUAGGAAGGCUGUGUAAGUCACAUGCAGGUAGGUGUGACAGAGUGUAUAUACAAAGUGAUUUAACUUCUAAAUCGCCAAGAAUUGAGCAGUGAGUCUGCAGGUACAUGAUCUAUACACAGAGACUGCUUCAUUAAGCUAAAGUUGUUUUGGUGACUAUAGUGUCCCUUUAGGCUGUAGUGGUUCUGAUGACUAUAGUGUCCCAUUAAAGCUGAUUUAGUAAAUAACAGAGUGCUAAAUAAGUCAUCUAACUGGAUGGCAGUUUACCCACUUCACAAUAAGCACUUUCUGGCAAGGGGAUAGGAUUACACUAUAAUUUGGUCUAUUGACUAAAUGGCAUUGUGGUGGAAACGGUUUGGAAAAAGUAUCAGGAAAUAGACCACAGGUAAAGAACCAAUAGGGUCAGAUAGAAGUAGAGAAGACAUUAACAAUGGUGCUGAUUCUAAUCACCUGCAUUCCUAAGUAAACUCAAAUGUAUUAAGUAGUCUCCUUGCUACCCUCCACCAAACUGGCAUCAUGUAACUCCCCCCUAGACUGCCAGAGAGUUGGCUAGCUAUAGUGUAACAUAGCUGGCGUAGGUACAAUUCGCACUGAAACCACACAAGAGCUCCCCCCAGGUCUCCUCACAGCAUUUGCUUGAUAUGAAUUAAAAACAAUAAAAGAACAGGUCAGUGUGCAUUUAGGCGCAAACAGCAUCUUCAUCCGGUAUAAAAUUAACUAGAUUGGAUGGAUGUAUAGAGAGAGAGAGAGAGCUAAAUACAGACUGAUUGAUUGUUUGGUCAUAAGGGAUACAGCAUAAAAAUGUAUAAGUAACAAAAAAGAAUAAACAGAAUUGAAAACUACAAACUUUUUAGUUUAAACUUUAUAGUUCACAUGCAAAAUUACAGUUUUGUCCCAGAUUUGGGUCACAAUACUAUGGGACAUUAACUGUGCAUCUCAUGCUUAAAAUUAAUGAUAUGCUUAAUUUUUUUUAUAAUGAAGGCAACUAUGCAGUGAUAGAAUUAAGGCAUAACUGUAACAGCUCCUUCAUUCUUCAUCCAAGUAAAUUAUAUUACAGUCUUUACUGGGGUGAAUAAUGCAGGGGAGAUAAGUUAAAAACUUACCUCCUCUGCACGUUUGUUUGCUUGGGCAUCUAAUAGAGAAAAACAUUUGUGUUUACAUGUAUGGCACAGAAAGUGUUAAUUCACAGAUAUUGCUUGGUUUUGCCCAAAAAAGCAUCUAUAUGAAAAUAAAAUAAACUAGAAGUAAUUUCAAAUUAACGUUAGCACAACCUAUUGGAAAUGUUUUCUUAGCUAUUAGGGUAUGCUAAAGUUACGGACUUGACAGUUUCUCUUUUUUGAAAAAUAUUAGUAGAGAAAUGAGAUUUGCUGUCCCAAGAAUGCUUUAGUAAUCAUCACAGUGUUUCUCAUCAAGAGGAUGAUUCCCACUCUCCUCUUGCUACAUGUGAUAAUCAUAAGAUAAACUAUAACAGUUACCAUUUGUUAUACUAUAUCAAAGCAAACAAUAUUGGAAUGUUUUCUUUAUGGUUCAGUUUUACUGUAUUCUCAAAUUCGGUGUUACUGUCUGUACAUUUACAAUUUUCUCUGCAUAUUAGUCACACACCAAAAAAUACAUUUGUGACUCAGUGAUGAAUAUUUUCUGAUUUAAAACUGAAAUAUGCAAUAUUACACAUUUUCUUUUAAUUAUAAUACAUUUUUAUAUUAUUUUACCAAACGGAUAAUUGAAUAUAAUAGAAUAGGCAAGGAAACAUUAUUUUAGGGCUGAUGCAGUCAACAUGUAUAACUGACAGUCAUAUAUAAGACAAACUCACAAAGGUACACAUGUAGUGUAUUGCCAAAUAAACUUAUUUUUAUAUUUUACCAAAAUUAAGAUGCAGAUAUUUGGAUCCAGAUGGAUCUCUUGUAUGUAAUUUUUAGUUAUAAAAUUAAAACUAAUAAUCUAUUAAAAAAAAAAAAGAUAAAAUAUUAGAUGCCCACUAUGUAGAAUGUAAAGGUGUAAAAAUUGCAUUCAGAUUGAAAUGUUCUGUAAUAACAAUUUAUAGAACUCUCCUAUGUGCAGUGGACUCAGGGCCCAGUUGAGUCGAUGUAGUUUCUAAUCAGGUUACAGAUUUAAGCAGAUUAUUAGACACUGUGUCAAAGCUAGCUGGCUUUUGUUGCAAUAGCCCCUUCAUUAGUCUGGCCCUGCUAAACAUGGUGGAAAAAGAAAUGGUCCAAGAUUAAUGUAAUUAGAGAGGUAAAAUCUUUUGUUGUCACCUUGAGGGAUGAUAAGGAAGAGAAUGAUAUAGCAAAGGGGGUGGAGAGCAAUACAUUAAGGGAUACAGAUUACUGUCACAAUUAUAACAGUUUGUAAAUACAAGAUUUGGUCAUACAGCAACGGGUACCAUAUUUUUAUGGCUUUAUGUAUUUUGACCUCAGCAAAAUCAAGAACAAAAGGAAUGCUUUUAUUUACCAGUAUAGAUGCAAGUUAACCAAAAGCCAAUUAAUUCACUACCUGGUGUUUACCCAGUGCCAGAUGUCAGAUUAUAAAUCUAUGGACUAUUUAAUGCCAUUAGACUCUAACACAGUAGAUGGGCUUGCCUAGGUUCAGGUGCAGGGUGCUGUUGCAGGGUUUUUACUGCAUGCUGGGCUAGCUUGGAUUUCAUUGUUAGCAAAGACUGCCAAUGACAACUUAAACCAGGAGGAAUCCUGUGCACCACCUCAGAACUCACAGAACUACAGACUAUCAGCAUCUGACAGGAACAUGUACCCACCAAUGCUUCCCAUUUGUCCCGCACUGCAUCUGUAGGCACAUGCCUACUGGGUAUACAUAGAAUCUUGCUCACUUAAAAGAGAGAAAAUUAUACUAUUAGAGCCUCACAUCAUACCGCUCCAAUCCCCUUCCCCCCGCCUCCCUCCACAUACCACAGCUAUUUGCUCUCACACACUCCAGCCUCUAUCCACCCACCCUACCUACCCUCUCCACUAUUCACACUCAAACCCUAAACCUCCAAACCCAAAUUAUUCAGGAAGGACAACCCAUAUUUUAGGCCCAAAACACUCUAUCCCUCUUUUCCAUCUUAAUGUUACUCUUUUCUAGGACCUUCAAAUUGUUGGUAUGUCUGAGUGUAUAACAGAACUUCACAAAAAUAAUACGCCCUGUAAUGUGUUUUUAAACAAUAAUAACUGUGUUUAGUAAUCAGUCUGUGUAACUAAGAUAUAUUGCUAAUGUUCUAAAUUACAUUUUAGUUGCAUAAAUAGUUAUUAGUAUGUCACCUAAAAUUUCUAAGAGCAGCCCUGUUCCUGGUCACAUCCCACUCACCCAUUUGAACUGUUUGAAGGUAUGCAAUCUACACACACUCUACAACCCAUAUACCCCACAAACGUCAUCCUCUAUCCCCCACAUUCUACAGACCGUAUCCUUAAACACAACAGUCCUUAAACACAAACACACUACACCACAAACAACCCCAUCCACACACACACACACAACCCCACAAGGAGCCUUUUCCCCCAAAAGCAAGUAGAAUGCCAGUUUCAGGCACCUAUACAAGCAGAAUCCCCCACAUUCACAUCCACACAAGCAGCCCCUCCAUGCACACAUAACAGCGCAGGUAGCUUACCACAAGCAUCCACCAUCCCACACAUGCAACAUCACAAGCAGCCUUCAAAAAAAGAAAACACCAUAGACAGCCUCCCUCCACACAUAAAUACUGCAGCCUGUUCCAACCUCUUUUUCACUUGUGGAGACUACAGAGACAAUAGGACAAGAAAACACAGAACAAACUUGCCAUUGUGAUAAUUAAACUGCAAUUUAAGUAGCUUAAUAUGGGGUACUAGAAGUAGUAGCUAAUGUGUUUUGCUAAUAUAAGUAAUGAUUUACUAUAAACAACUAUUUUACAUUAUCUGCACAAACUUUAUUGUAAUAAUUACUUUCAAUGCACUUUUUUUUUUUUUUUUUUAGCUAUAACGAUAUAUUUAGUCUAUAAUGUUUCAUCAUUUUGGCGUUGAACACAUAUAUCAAGAUUGUUAGUGCAGAGCUUGAAGUGCUAGCUGCAGAAGUGGGUUUGGCUGCUGUAGAUGCUGAUGACGUGGUUCUUUUGUGACUGCAGUAGAGGAGAGAGAUAUCUGUUUCAAUAGUUGCAGAGGAUGGAGAGAUGGUUGUAUUGUAUUUUCCAAGUCCCCAAUACUCACUUCACUUCCUGCAAGUGAUAAAGCUACUGGAAUACUAGGUCAUGGCAGUGAAGGCACUAUAACAAUUUCAUUGAAAUUAACUCUUCAUUAGACCAGAAUUGGGGUAGUGUGCUAAUUUAAAUAUUACCAUAGAAAUUGGAAAAUAGUUUUGGUGACACACUGUUGAUGUAAGUAGAAAUAGUGUAUUAUCCUAAUUAUGGGUAUUUGUCAGGAACUUUAUUUUUAGAAGUGCACCUUCCUAAUAAUGGAACUAGAAUGUAAAAAUACUGUCUGUCUGUAGGCAUAGUGCUCACUUGCAGUAGAUUUAGUUCCCUUACAUAUCUGUAUCAUAGCGGGCUUUGCAGUCUACAUCCAUGUGAUGUAGAAUAGCAUUGCAGAAGAGGAUUAGUAGGAGAUGAUAAAUUGUGAAUUCUAAGAAGGGUUAGCCAUUUAGACAUUACAGGUAGUUCCCGACUUUACAAACUAAGUGGUUCCGAGCCUAGUUCAUAAAGUGAGAGUUCAUAAAGUGAGAACUAAUUUCCCAUAGACCGCAAUGUAAUAAACAUGGGUUCCGUUCCUGACCAAAAAAAAAUUUACAAUUGAAAACCUAAAUUAUGAAGUACAAAUACAAAAUGAAAGCAUAGCAAAUACCUACAUGUUGUAGGAACAUUAAAGGAAUACAUACCAUAUUGAAAUCUUCAUCAAUCAUCCUCAAUAAAGAGACAUGCUGCACAUGUUGAAUGGGGGCACUUCUCUUAAGCCCUCCUCCUUCUUCACUUUCUUCUUCAUCAACUUCCCCUCUCCUUUAUCACUUUUCUUUUACUCCUUUUAUUUUUACAGUUCUCAAACUCUCUUCCUUCUCGCCUUUCUUUAGGCUCGGAAAGGCUACAGUACAGUCUAAACCAGUUUUUUAGACUUACCUUUAUCUUCAGGAACUCUCUUCCUGAUCCUUUUCUCUCUUCUUGUCUACUUCUGGCCACAAAUUCUUCUUCUUCUCUUCUUGUUUGUGCUCCAAAGAAUGCUCCUUGGUCCAGAUCCACGGACCGCUGACACAAAAUGACAGUAAAUCAAAAUGGCGACACGUCCAGGAAAAAGUUCAUAAAGGCGGGAGUUCAUAAAGUGAGAAAUGCCUGUACAUCGGUUAAUAAUGACAUCUGGGGCAAGAGCAACCACUAGGCGAACAGGGCAGCAACCUAGGGCGCACUGGCCUCGGGGGGUGCAGUCUUCAUUUGGGUGACUGGCAGGAGGGGAGCGCACUGCACAGCUCUCCACCUCCUGCCGGUCACUGCAUGUAGCACGGUUGAGCAGACCACGGUAGAGGGUGUUCUGUAUUCACUACCUGGUCUGACAGGAAGUGCUCCCAGUGAACACUUCCUGUCAGAUCGAGUAGAGGAUACUGAAGAUUUUCCACUGCAGUCUGCUCAGCCACGCUACAAGGAGGUAAGCUGGCACUACAAAAGGGGAAGACAACAAAAAGGGACGGGGUUGGGGGAUAGACAAAGUGACAUUCAUGGGGCUGAGGGGGUCAAACAGAAACACAGAAGGGAAGUGGUGGGCAAAGAGACACACACAGGGGCUGAGGGCAGACAAAGAGACAAACUAGAAAAAUGUUCAGAGUUGUGGCAACUGACAUUUAAUGUGGAUAAGUGCAAGAUAAUGCAUAUUGGACAUAAAAACCCAAGGACAGAGUACAGAAUAUUUGAUUGAGUCCUAACCUCAACAUCUGAGGAAAGGGAUUUAGGGGUGAUUAUUUCUGAUGACUUAAAGGUAGACAGACAAUGUAAUAGGGCAGCAGGAAAUGCUAGCAGAAUGCUUGGUUGUAUAGGGAGAGGUAUUAGCAGUAGAAAGAGAGAAGUGCUCAUGCCAUUGUACAGAACACUGGUGAAACCUCACUUGGAGUAUUGUACGCUGAACUGGAGACCGUAUCUUCAGAAGGAUAUUGAUACCUUAGAGAGAGUUCAGAGAAGGGCUACUAAACUGGUUCAUGUAUUUCAGGAUAAAACUUACCAGGAAAGGUUAAAGGAUCUUAACAUGUAUAGAUUGGAGGAAAGACAAGACAGGGGGGAUAUGAUAGAAACAUUUAAAUUCAUAAAGGGAAUCAAUACAGUAAAGGAGGAGACCAUAUUUAAAAGAAGAAAAACUACCACAACAAGAGUACAUAGUCUUAAAUUAGAGGGGCAAAGGUUUUUAAAGUAAUAUCAGGAAGUAUUACUUUACUGAGAGGGUAGUGGAUGCAUGGAAUAGCCUUCCAUCUGAAGUGGUAGAGGUUAACACAGUAUAGGCAUUUAAGCAUGCGUGGGAUAGGCAUAAGGCUAUCCUAACUAUAAAGAUAAGGCCAGGGACUAAUGAAAGUAUUUAGAAAAUUGGGCAGACUAGAUGGACCGAAUGGUUCUUAUCUGUCGUCACAUUCUAGGUUUCUAUAUAAAGUUGGCAAUUUUUGGGAGGGUAGAAGGGGGGGUGGGUUACAAGUAACUGGUUUUGCCUAAGGCGCGAAAUAGUCUAGCUCCAGCCCUGAUGACAUCUAGAGAUAGAUUUAAUGAUACAUAAUGUUAAAAAGAUGAGUUUUAAAAUUAUAUAUUUUAUGUAUGCUUUAUGAUUUUAUAUUUAUAAGAAGUCAUUUUAUUUUUUAGCACCCAACACAGAAACUAUUCUGGGCUGUCUGUGCUGUUGGCAUUGGAGGAACAUUUCAAUAUGGUUACAGUCUCUCUGUCAUUAAUGCACCUACAACAGUAAGUUUGUAUAUUUUGUACAUUGUGUUUAAUAAGGGAACAGAUUUAUGCUUAUUUAUUUAUUACAUUAUAAUUGUGUCCAAUCAUCUAAUCCAAAGUUAAAAAAAAAAUAGUUAAGUGAGCACUAAUGAUCAGUCUUACAAAUUUCUCCAUGUAUCAGUAAUAUACCAUUAAAAUGUCGAUCCUGCGCUGUGUAUCCUAUAUUUUGAUCAUACAUAAUUUUUAAUCGUAUCUAUGGAUCUCUCAUAGAAAACCAAAUGUGAGGGAUGGGUGUGAAUAGAAACAAAAACAGAAAUAAAAAUAGUAUAAUCACUGGUUAAUUAUACACGUGUUUAUGCUCACUAUUCAUUUCGUAUAUUGUACUACUAGUAGAGGUCUUGACAAAGGUUGAGCAUAGAGCUGAAACGUUGCUGGUGUGAGGGAUGGCUUCAACACAAAUUCAUUGAGCAAGUGUUUGAAGGUGUGCUGGACCAUUAUGUCUGUACUUGGCUAUUGUCUGGGCACAGCUGGUGUCCCCAUCAGUGACAACUGCCCCCUCCCCAGCUUUGCAAAUGCUGGGCAAUAUUAUAGAAUAGUUUGCUUUUAUUAUCCACACAAAGCAACAGUAGGAAUGUUGUUUGUUAAUAGCCAUAGGAAAUUAAAUUUAAAUGAUGGACAUAUGUAAUGUGUUAGUGGUAAACAUUUGUAUUUAGUUAUAGAGAUAUAAACUAUUAAUACAGAAACUUUAUAUUUGAAGUACAGUGCAUUUUUUUUGUUUAUUUUAAAAUUAACUUUAGAAACACUUUUCAAAUGUUGUUCUGCUUUAGCUAUAGCUAAUAUCUUCUCAUUAUUUAUAUUAAGCAUGUUGUAUGUAUCUUUGUAUUUCUUCAGCAUAUUCUUAAAUUUAUUAACAACACUUGGCAUGACCGCCGUCAGACUACUUUAGAUGAAGGGUUACUGACGCUUAUUUGGUCAACAAUUGUUUCAAUAUUUACUCUUGGCGGGUUACUUGGCACGUAUAUUGGUGGAAAUUUGGCUAAUAAACUUGGCAGGUAAGAAAAUUGUGUAAAUCUGUGCUGCUUUAUUAUGCAUUUCCUUUGAUCUAGAAGGUCUAUGGACUAUAGCAGUGACAAAAGUCUGGAUAUUGCACAAAUUCUUCAACACACUCCGGUAGCCUUCUUUAUGAUUUUGCAAUUGUUACAUUUAUACAUUAACAUAGUAUUACAUCAGGGUCAGGUGAAGGACUUGGUGCCACUUUGCUAUUUUUAUCGACCAUAUCUAGAAUAGAUGUAUAGCUACCAGUCUAUCAGUUUUGGUCAAACUUCUAGCAUUAGUGAAAGGGAGUAAACACUAUUUGGCACUGGGUGAUGGGAGUUGGAGACAGACUUUAUUUAACUUUCCUUAGUUGGAUACUAGGAUCUUAGACUAUCUUAUCAUGAUUACCCCCAUGCCACAGGUACUAUAACUACUUUAGCAAGUAGUUUCCCCUUCUACUGAACAUGUUUACAGAGCACUUUUUAGCAAAGAUUUAUUAAAAGUUAUGUUUUAAUAGAUAUCUAUCUAUAAGGGCUGCCUUUACCUAAAGAUUAGGUCUGGAAUUCGUUAUACUUAUGAAUCUAUGACCUAAUCUUUUCUUGUUCGUUUUUUUUUUUUUUUACUAAUGUUUCAUAUAGGGGUUACCCCACACCUACUUAUGACAGCCUGACACACUCUCCCUACCUUUUGUAUCUAUCCAACCAGUCAGAUUAAGAUUAUUUUAUUAAAGGGCAACAUAUUAAAAAAACAAAACAAAAAAAACCCCAUCUUCUACAUGGCAUGUAGCUAAGCUUUGAAUUGUAGUGAAUGUAAAUUUAAAUGGCCAAAUUAAGGCAAACAUUAAUUUUAGAAAUUCUCCAGUUCAGCUGUAGGUAUAACUUUUUAGCAUCCAUUUUGCAGUUUGGAUUUAAAUUCACUGGAGUUUGGAUUUGAGUAAAUUACCCUGUGUGUUUCUCCCCUGCCUUUUGUGUCCCUCUCCUCAUAUCCUCCCCUUUCCCGGCCUGUUUACCUCUACCUAUACCCCCCCUUUUGUGAUUCUCUGCUAGUGCCUACCAUUUGUGUAACUCUGCCCUGUCCUCUUUUGCAUCCCUCUGUCCAUGCCCCCCCCCCCCCAAAAAAACCAAACCGUAUGCAAAUAAUUUUCCUUGCUUACAUUUUCUUUGUUUUCAUCCUGUAGAAAAAAAACGCUGCUAAUAAAUAAUUUUUUUGCAAUUGUUGCUGCUUUUUUCAUGGGUCUUGCUGAACCCGCUGGAUUGUUUGAACUUUUGAUCAUUGGGAGAUUCUUUAUAGGAAUUAAUGCAGGUAAGAUUUUAUCUAUAUGGAAAUCUUCUUUUAUUGUUGCGAAUCUAAAUCAGCAUAUUAGCUGAUUUGUUUCUCUUUAUAAUUUUUUAUUGUUCUUCCGAAGAUCUUAUAUCUAAGCAAUUCCUCCUUAUUUGUGCCAUUUGACUUUUAGGCAUGUUGGUUAACCAUAACUGAUGGUGUAAGAUGAUACUUUUUAUUGCCAUGUUACAAUCAGUAGGUUUGAAAAAUGUUCUAGUACGUAAUUGACCUUCCUCUAUGUCUAAGGUAAAAUUAAGAAUGUCAAUCUGUUCCCCGUGUAUAGUAGAAGUGAAUAUAUGUUAUAAACAAGGCUGUCAUGUUCACCUUCCCUAUGAUUAGAAUGUCGUCUACGUAGCGUCGCCACAAGACAACUCCCCACCCCUGAAAAGCCCCUAGCAUUUUCCAAUGGGAAACAUGAAGGUUGGCAAAACAUGGAGCAAACCUCUUCCCUAUGGCAACACUAUUAGCUGCAAAUAAAAACCUGAGAAUCAAACCAGAAAAAAAAUCCAAGUACAGUAAGAUAGGCAAGACUGAGAUAGGAAGCAGCUCUAGCAGCCAUCUAAGGAGUGGCCAGUGGUGUUAUCACUAGGCUGUAAUGUAAACAAUGCAUUUUCUCUGAAAAGACAGUGUUUACAGCAAAAAGCCUGAAGGUAAUGAUUCUACUCACCACUGGUGACUAUAGUGUCCCUUUAAGUUUCACACAGGCUUCUGAAUGAGCAGUUGUGAGACUGCCUCGAAGCAGAUUCAAAAUGAUCUUCAUGUGUGAAAAUAUUUGCUCACAGAUAUAUGGUGACCCAAAGGCUAAAAGCAAUUCAAAUGCAAUUUCCUUCAAGCAGAUACAUUUUUCGGGUAGACUGGUCCAACAUUGUACAAUGGCAGCUGAUCUAUCUGUGCAAUUUCCCUCCAGAGUUUUCCGCAGUUCUGUAAAUUUUGUUCUCCAUAAUUCUGAUUCCUUCAAUUCAAUAAGCUGGAUUUCAAAAGCAUCAACAUCCAUCCAUUCACAAAGAGAGGUGGAUUCAGUUAAGUCAGGCUUGAUAAGGAAUGAAAAUGUUGGCUCAUGGAUCUUAAAAUCUUGACAGUUCUGUAAACUCUUUUCUGAGCACCCCAAUGUACUUCUGCAGUUCUACUGUGUCAAAUGGAUAAUGAGCUGAAUGUGCUUUUACAUUGGGGAAAAUAGUUGUAUGUCUCAGUAGUGAUAUCACGACAAUACACAUUCAGUUUUUCCAUGAAUCCUUUCCAGUAUUCAUAAAGAUGAAUAACAGUUUGUCCUUCUCCCUGUAACUGUAAAUUCAGGACAUUCAGGUGUGCAGUUAUAUCAGCCAGGGACAUAAGAUUGCAAAGCCAGUUAAUAUCACUUAGUUCUGGGUUUUCACUGGUGAAACUCUUGAUCUCCUUUCUUAGUUUUUCAUUGGUGAAACUUUUGAUCUCCUCCAAGCAUGAGGGUCUGGGAGGGAGGAUCUGCUGCUGAUUGGCUGGAAUGUGUCUGCUGACUGUGAGGUACAGGGUCAAAGUUUACUCAAUGAUGAGUCCGCGGCGAACCGUUCGUGGCGAACCGUUCGGGACAUCACUAUUCAAAGAUUUUCUAAAGAGUAACAAAUAAUGACGACUAUGAUCAUAUUGUCUAAUAUUCAGUUACACAGCCAAAAAUUCUUCACAAAAUAUUUGUUUAUGUUUAGAAGUGAGUUGUAAUGACUAUUUAUUUCUCUUUACAGGUAUUGGUAUUUGUGUUCAACCACUGUAUCUUGGGGAAAUUGCACCAAAGAGUAUAAGAGGCCAGACAACAGUGGCCAUCAAUGUCUUUUUGACUUUUGGCAUCCUGGCUGGACAGAUUGUUGGCUUACGGUAGGGUCCCAUUCAAUUUUAAGUUGCUGAGCAAUGUACUAGAGGUACUUGCAUAGGAAUGCAUACAAAUAUCAUUUACAUGUGUUGGUUCAGUGCAUUACAGUUAAUACAACUACAUUUAUAUUUUUUUACCUAAAUCUUUAUAUGUGUGAUGUAGUUUAGAGAAUAAUUUGGCUUCCUAUAAGGGAUACUCCUGUAAUUCAUGCACAUGGAUGGAUAGGUUUGCUAGUUAGGAUCUACCAGAAGGAUACAUUAGAUAUGGUUAUUCACUAAAGUAAGAAUUUUAGGGGAAUUCAAAGUGAAUUAAAAAAUGUAAACCAAAAUAGCCAAAUUUCAUUUCAACUAUUUUGUACUUAAGUUUGAAAUUCACUUUAAAUUCUUACUUUACUUUUAGUAAAUAAACUUGAAAAUCCUUUUUUUCUCCAUGUAAUAGCUUUUAUUAACAAUACCUGCCCUGAAUGCAACUCUUUUGUAAAUUAGGACUGCAGUGAAAUGCAUUAAUAAAAUAAAAAGCCAUUAAUAUUUCAACUCACUAUAAAAAACACCCAUAGUAUAAGCUCUGGCAGGUAGCUUGUUGUUUGUUUACUCGAUGAAUCAGUUAUGUGAUAUAUUUAUCAUCAACAGGGAAAUACUCGGUAGCGAGGAUUCUUGGCCAUUCUUGUUAUCUACAUGCUGCAUUCCGGCAUUUAUACAGCUACUGGUACUUCCAUUCUUUCCUGAAAGUCCCAGGUACCUUCUAAUAGAAGAAAAAAAUGAGUACGAAUGUCAAAAAGGUAAGCAGCUGCUCUGGAAAAAAAUAUUGCAUUCAUUUAAGUAGAAUAAAUGUUCAAAUGUCUCUGGAUUUGAAUGUGUUAUUUUGUAGGGUGUCCACUAGGUGUACAAAGCAAGUACAAAUUACAUGGCUAAUUGCUGAGUUUGAAGAUGUCAUGCUGAAUGCCCUUUCCCUGACCCUGAAAUUUAAAAUAACUCACACCGCCUUGGUGACCAAAUGUCCCCUUGUCCUUGAUCUCCUACUUUAUAAUAUGCCUCUAUGCUAACCCACAUCCACAAUAUUUACUCUAUCCUUGCUGUCUAAUUAUUACAGAGGUGUGGUCUAACCUACCUAACAAUACUUUAAACAAUAAUAAUGUAUUUAUCUUUUACUUUACUUGAUUUAAGUCCUCAUCCUCAGCCCAUAAAACAGGACCAAAAAGUAUCAAGACGAUGAUGCAGGUAAUGUGAAAAAAUACUGAAAACAAAAUCUUGGGAGGCCACCAGGAAAUGCUUCCCUCUCCCCCAAACUAUGUAUGGUAUUUAAUUUGGGGAUAAGAGCAAAGUGGUGAAAACAAAGCUAAGCACACCUCUCCAUCUGCUGUCUGCCAAGGCCAUAUUUGUGACAGCGUGCUAACAUAUUUAAUAAGAAAAAAACUAUAUAUACUGUAUAUACUUUUCUUUUGACAGUAUUAAAAUCACUUUAUGGUCCACAAUUCUACCAGACUGAGAUGGAGGAUAUACAAAAAGAAUCGCUUGCUUUAAAUGGUGAGAAACCAAUGAAGGCGCUGGCAUUGUUCUCAGACCGUACCAUCAGAUGGCAGCUUAUUAUUACAAUAAUUACAAAUGUCGGGCAGCAGCUCUCUGGGAUAAAUGCAGUAAGUAGAUUUAUUAUAUACAGCAUAGCCUUUAAAAUGUGUCAGAAGUCUGUGUGCAUUGACAAAUGUUUUGGCACUUCACAUAGAAGGCUAAAUGGCUAAAUAGUGUUUUAAGUUAAUUAUUUUUGUCUAAUUAUGUAGUAUGAUUAUCGUUAUGUCACAGAACCUUUUUGUCUAUAUAUCCAAAAUAAAGCUUUAACAUUAUGAUUAUUAUUAUUACUGGUAUUUAUAUAGGGCCAACAUAUUCCGUAGCGCUUUACAUUAUCAUCAAAGGGGGGAGAUUUAACAAUAAAUGAAACAAUUACAACAACUUACAGGAACAAUAGGUUGAAGAGGGCCCUGCUCAAAUGAGCUUACAGUCUAUAGGCGUUGUGGCGUAAAAGAAAUAGCUAUGGGGACAGGAGGUAGCAAUGAAUCAAGGUGGAGUGAAGCAGAGCUGGAGGAGAGAAUAGAGUGUUGCCCUUUAGGAGAGAGCUUUAGAGAGAUCUCCCCACACUACUGAAGUUUAAUAAACUAUAAAAAAAAAAUUGUUCUCAAAGAUUGUCAUAGAAAUCCAAUGCAUUGCCCUAUAAAUGAAUGGAAAAGCAUAUAUGUUCACUGUUUGGCAUGUGUACAUGUAUUGAUUGUAUGGGUAAACCAGUACAAAAAAGCACAAAAGAAACAAACAUCUUAAAAAGAUACUUAUGAAAUAUAAAUAGUAUAUAUAUAUAUAUAUAUAUAUAUAUAUAUAUAUAUAUAUAUAUAUAUAUAUUGGUUACAUUUAAUUUGUACAUGUGCAAUUAUUGAUCUGCAUUAUCCUAUGUGUUACAGAUUUACUUCUAUGCAGAAUAUGUAUUUACAAGAGCUGGGAUUCCCACACAAAAUAUACCUUACGUGACGCUGGGCACUGGUAUUUGUGAAUGUGCCACUGCUCUGACAUGUGUAAGUUAAGAUGAUUAGGUAGCCACAUAAUGCUUAACUGCUUUACAUAUCCCCCUCCUUGUUUCCACUGUUUUCCCACUUUACAUUUUCCCACAUUAAUAUCUGUUAUUCUUUGAUCUUAAUUAUGACCAUAAUUAUAUAAUUUAAAAUGCUCUAAUAUGUACCUGAAAGCCAUGGUUGUAUUUUUGAGAAAAUUCUAUGUGUCUACUUUCCUAGUAUCAUUAGUUUGACAUAUAGCUAUUUCACUCUUAAAAGGAAAUAGCUAUGGGGUGUGGGGCUUGGACGUCAUACUGGAAGGUCACAGGCAGUUUGGGCUCCUACCUAAACUUGAUUUAAAAAAUUGUUAGAGGGGGCAAAUACCCUGAUGCAGAUCAUUUCCACACUGACAACCUCGUCCUGCACUACUUGGGCAACUUUGAAGUAGACUUCAGCCUUACCAUUCUUGUAAAUCGGCAGCUGUGGCCUCCACCUUGUUGCAGCCUGGUGCUACCCUGAUGGGAGAAACGGACAUUCUCCAUGUCUUGGGUGACCUAGGCUUUAACUCUUGCGGAUAGUCUGAGCCCUGCACUCCCCCCUCCGGGCCGGGGUGGGUUUUCCAAGCGAGCUCUUACCUCCUAGGCAAAUCCAGUGAAGGCGGCCUACACGCAGCCUACCCAAAAUGUUCGACAGCAACGCUACACAAGCUUUACUGCAAUCUUGAAGAUGGGAAGCGGAAUUCUUGCAAAGGUUUAUAACCAUGUGCCGGCAGUACUGGAGAAGCUGAAAGGAUCGGCGAAAGCCACCUAUGUCUGCACCUACGGCACAAUCUCCAGUUGGAGCUCCGGUUAAACACCUCCUCCUGGGUGGGGAACACAGAAGGUUCACGUAACUGCCCUUAGUCCACACUCCUGGAUAUGACACCGUCGCCCAGGACUUCGAGGCCCUCUUCCAGGGACGGUGAGACAGGCCUAUGGACGUCAGGAAAUGGGUCCUAAUAGCCCCUGUUGCUGUUGUGAUGCUGCAUGUCGCAGCACAAUCAGAGGCGAGAAUUCCCUGCUGUAUCUGCCUGGCCACCACAGGGAUAGACUGAGAGGACUACUUUCAUCUGGUCUAUGAAUGCAACCAGGCUAUUUACUUAUGUGUUAUUGUUGUUUUUGUCUUUCCCUAGCAUCUUGAUUUUAGUUUGCAUUUUCUGUGCUACUUCACUUGAAACCAAUGUUGAGGUUUGAUAUCUAAGCCCAGUUUGUACAUUGCUUGGUGGUCUCACUCUCCAGUAUGCUAUAUUUUGUUAUUUUUCUAAAAAUGUGCUGAUAUCUCAAGUGCCAUGCAUAUAUUUUCUGUAUUCGACACAUAUGUGCUUGUCUAUGCUGUUGUGGCAUUGUGAGCGUCUUUGUUCCACCAUGCACAAUAACAAAAAAGAUUAAAAAUAAAGAAAUAGCAGCUAUUAUAUUAUUUCUAUAAAUGUGCAAAUGAAUCAAACAUUGUGAAUGUGUAGAAAUCCACACUAAUAAUGUUUUAUUUUAACCAUUUUCUAUAGGGUCUGCUUAUAGACACUGCUGGGAGAAGGGUUCUCAUUAUUGGAGGAUAUGCAGCAAUGGCACUUUGGUGUGCUCUCUUGACAGUGACAUUGACAUUUCAGGUAACUAUAUCAUUUUAAUGCUGAUAAAUACUGUCUGCGCUGUCACAAACCAAUCUAAAAAGAAGCAAUUUCUCAUGCCUAUGGUAGUUUAAUUAGUGCACACACGUAUACAAUGUUUCCCAACAUUCCAACACACCACAUUUCAUAGGGCUUCCAUCGACCUAUGCCAUAGCAAAUGUGCUGCUGCCAUCUUCGACAUUUUGCAUAUGCUUUAGUGGAUGUCAAAUUUGCAAUGGUUCUUCAUAGUAGCUGUAUAUAAAUCUAGAAUCAAAAGCAAAAUAUCUUAGUGAGGUGUUUUAUGAAAGAAAUGAACUGGGGAGGAAAGCAUUAUUCCAGAAAUGUAAAACACUGUAAGACCAAGGAAUGGCAAUGCAAGCUUCCAAUUAACCAUUGUAAUUCAGACUACCAAACAGUAGCAAAUGGAAGGGCUUUGUUUUUUCAUUUGAACUGGAAACUAGGAUUACAGAAUGAAUACAGAAUGCAAUGUACACUAUAAUUUCAAAGCUUGUGAUUGAUCCAAGGGGCUGCACAUUUUAUUUUCAUAUAUACUUUUUAAGGGACACUCUACCUGCUUCUGCUUUUUGAAGUGGUUAUCAAUUCAAUACCCUAGUGUUGCAGGCUUCUUAUUUGACACAUUUGUCAGAUUGAUAGAAUAGGACAUUAAAGUGGAGCUCACAGCUCUAUCUUCAAGACAUGUUAAUCAAAUAGCUGGAUGCUAAAUGACUUGCAGGUGCUACUCCUUCUAAAUGAGCAUUUGUGAGUACAAAGACUCCUCCUGUCUUGCUGAUAUUGGCGCUAGGUGUGCAUAUCCACAGUCUUUGUACUUGCUAAUGCCCGCUGCCAGAAAUCAGUGCAUGCAGUGACAGUGCUGCAUGCCAACUCAUUAGUAUGACAUGGUAUACAUAUGCGGGCUGUUGUGUGUAAUUCCUGCCUCUGUCUGUUGGACUUUGAGUCGGCGCUCCACUUUCAAACCUUCACAAUUUGAGAAAUUUGUCAAACAAAAGCCACCAAAGGACAGGUUCCUGGCACCAUAACCAAUUCAAUCAAUUGAAUAAAUUAUGUUGUGUAAAGUGUCCAUAAGUAAAUUAUUCUCAUUGUAGCCAUAUCAUUUAUGUUAGUGGUCAUGUAUAGUCUACACAUCCUAUUAUUUUAUCAGAAGCAAAUAAUGAUUACUGCUAUAAAGCCAGUAAGAUAUACUUUUCUGUUUCAGGAUGCUUUUUCUUGGGUUCCAUAUUUAAGUAUGGCUGCUAUCCUUGCUUUCAUAUUGUGCUUUGGACUUGGACCAGGUAAGGAUUUAAAGCAUAAUCUAUACACAUAUUUGUUGUGCCAGUUGCAUGGAUUCCAUCCGUUUAAUAAAACAGAAUAAUUACAAAAAUAAAUAAAGUAAAUAAAGGUUAUUGAUACAUUUUCCCCAUAUGCCAUUAACCCGCCGUUUAUACUAUAAUCCCUCCAAACCAUUUUCCAGAGUCUUAUUCUCCACAUAUUACAAUAUGUCACAUAUAUUGGCUAACACGUAGUCACUCCUACCUACAUUAACAACCAUAUGAUGUCACAUUAUCCCUUAAAUGUUUUUUUUGUAAAUCUCUUUAUUUUGCAAGGGUUUAAGGUUACAGUAUUACAACAUUACAAUAAUUCACAGUUGUGCAAUAAACUAGGUACUAUACAAGUCAGAGCCAGUGACCCUGUACGGUGUUUCAAACAUUAAAACUGCUAUUUGUUGUUUUGUUUUUUUGUGUUUUUGUUUCUCAAAGCGUAGUUUUGUUAGUUGCGUAGGGUAUCUGAGUGUAACAUUGAGACUCGCAGGUCUCUGCAAUCAAAGUGUUUAUACAAUUCAACAAUAUGCUGUGUGUACAGGUUGAAGGGAUAUCUAAGUGUUUACAAGUAAGGCGGCUUACUUAAUUCUGACUCGUAGGUCCAAAUUGGCGUUGUUGGGUAUACAUUGCCGUGCGGAUAUGGUGGUGGUCAUUGGGUAAUGUUUCGUUACUGGUAAUAAACUUAGCAGAGAUUCACCUGCUUAUCUAUACUUGUUUUUCAGGUCAGGAUCCCUCUCUAGUCUAUUGUGGUAAAUAGUUCACGUGUGUUGGCUAAUAGUUUGUGUGGGAGAUGCACUAGUCUCUAUUUCACUGAUGUGCUUGGCUAUGGGUAUUGUCGCCAAUCCUCGUGGCACAGCCUGCGGUUCGCAUGGGUCCCUAGAACAUGUUUCACAUGUUAUUGUUGUCGAUAAUGUUGAGUCUCGUGUUUAAUUUUCCUCACUGCGUUAUUGAUGUGUGUAUCAGUGAGUUUGUUGUAGGUCUAAGUGGUACCGGGCUCUUUGCUUUAUAUGUGCAUUGUCCCCUCCAUCUACUCUUUCCAGUGAUGGUAUGUGCUAUAAGGUGUAUCUCGUGUUUCCUAAGGGUCGGACUGCUUCCAACGUCACCUCAAGACUGGGUGCUUAUCCUUUUGUUUUUCGGAGGUUAGCAUAUGUAGCGGAGAUGCAAAAAGAACUGAAAUCUUUUAAUCCACACUGUCCCUUUAAAGCAUGCUCCCAUGCAAGGGAGGGAUUUACAAUCAUUAGUACAGUAGCCAAUCCUGUCCUGGUAACCUCCCACACAUCUCCUCCCCUCAGCCUGCAUCAUAAUCCCCUUAUCCAGUCUAGCAAUUCCCCCCGUUUCUGGAUGUACCCCUAAACAUAGGGGUACCCCUUUAAAUCCUACAUCCCCUGAUAGCCCUGAUCUGGGUGAACAACAUAUACAAAAAUCACCCAGAUCAGACCAGGGGUUCAGGAAAUGUAUGGAGGGAAUAAAAUGACCGACCGCACUGACUGAGACAGCCGAAUGCGGUUCCAUGCGAAUGGGCCCUGCGGUCGGUCCUGGAAUAAGGGAACAAACUGUACGAAAGCCUCUAGCUAUAGAGGCUAGGGAGGGUUCACCUGAAUUCCCUCGUUCGGUUCUUCCUGUCUACCGAACGAGGGGCCGUUCGGUAGUUAGGAACCGAACGGACCGGGCUUGUGGAGGUUUCAGCGGUGUUUGCCUAGUCGAGUGUCCGAUUUGAGUUCCAGACACUCGACGGCAAAACACCGCUGUUCGGGAGUUUUAAAAUGGCCGCCGCCACGUGUUUGUUUGUCGAAUGGCGGCCACCCCCGAGAACAAAGGACGGCUACUUAACUUGUCAAUUACCCGUUCGCAACAAUGUUGCAAUGGGUAAUUGAGGACACACUUCACAUAGGGGAGUCUACCGAACAAUCAGAGGAAUACAAUUCUUUGAAACACAUACAAAAACCCAGCAAUUUACACGAAUGCAGCUAUUCACAAGACAUUUGCAGGACAGCCCAGUGCCAUCCGCUACAGCAUAUCUUAUGGGUAGUGGUGUAUCCCUCUGAUCCCGUCUCCCCAAGCUCCAGGACUCGUCGGUUACCCCUUAAAUGUUGUGACAACGACGCAUUUCACUCCAUUGAGAGACACACUAAGAGCUAUUUUCAAUACACAUGCUUUGUCAAAGGAAUAUACAUUGUGCAUUUUGUAUGAACUUUGAUCAUUUCAGUAGCAACACCAUUAAAUAACACCAUUAAAUAAUACAUUUUCAACAAGUGCAUUAUGAACGAAUAUUGUUUUUUGUGUGUGUGACCAUUGUUUGGGUUAAGCUCUCCUCACUUUAACACACAGGAUUUCAAUGGCAAUGGCAAUGAGAGAAUUGCUUAUGGCAUAUUAGCAAUAAUUUAUUUAAAUGAUGCAGAAACUGGUAUUUAUAUUCUCUCAUGUUAAAAUUAAAACUUGUGUGCAGAGGCACUUAUAUUGGGUUAAAUUGGUUAAAGAGAUCUACUGGUGGGUUUAAAAAAUAUGGCCAUAUUAUGUGACUAAACAUAUAUAUAUUUUUAUUAAUUCUUUAUUUUUGUUUUGCAUGAGAUAAACAACAUAUAAGCAGUCAUAACAUCGAUUGUUAACAUGUUGGAUGAUCUAUAUAUCAGCAUUGACAUGAUGAAUGAUCUGAACAUUUUUGUAUAAUAAUAAAAACAUAUAUCUAUCACUAGAUGAAACUUCUGAAUUCUAAGCCAGUACAUCGCCGUAUCCAUCAGAGCAUGAUUUAGAAUGAGAAGCCAGAAAAAAACAAAUCAUAAGGAUAAUUUGCAACUUUAUAUGGUUUUGUGUGAACCGAGGGGUAACGGCUGGGAUCUUAUGUAUUGAGAUUCACUUGUUGAGAUAUCUGGCUUUGGCUGGUUCUCAGAUUUGGGAGCUAUGAUAAGUAUAAUGCUGAUGAGAGGGAAAACAAAAAUUAAAAUAAAAUUAAGAAUAAAAAUUAACUAAAAUGAGAAGACCCAGGCGUAGUGGACGUGAACUAUCACUUAGUUUAUGCCUGUGCCCUUCCUAACCUUAUCAGACCUCGGAAAACAAGAAUUAGGGCUUCUCAGAGUGAGAGUAUGCUAUGAAUCUCCCAGUGUGCGCUAAAGGACCAGCAUGUUGGAAAAUGAACUUCGCAAAGUGGAGAUGUUGGUAACUAAGUGUGCAUGUCUUUCCAUAGUUUAUUGUAAGUUGACCGGUUAGAUAAAUUCUUGGGACAUAACUUCAUGGUAUGGGGUAACCUCGGCCACUUAAACUAUACAUUUUCCUCUAACCAAUGAGGCAGCGGGGGUAGGGUGUGAAUCCCUGUGGUGUAGGUUUGUAGUUGCUGUACUAUGGUCAUGAACUAAGGACCUGUGCACUAGCGAUGUCUCAGCAGGUGUCAAUGGUAGGAACUGCGCAUGAGCCUUGGUACCAGAAAAUGCAAACAAUAUACAACAGGUAAUGCCAAGAAAUAAGGUCAAACUUGCACUUGUAACAGACAGUGCCAACCGAUUGCUUAAGGUCCAUUUAGUCUGCAUGAGGUAAAGAAGUUUCCAGUCCCAGUCAGGGGAUUGGGCUUGUUGACUCCGUAGGUCGUGGGAAGAAUGGUGCAGAAUUGGCAGGGUCCUAGGCCAUAGAAGGUACCCGUUUAGGUGUGUUGGUAGGUAUAUCUGUGAGCCCCAUCUUAGCAAGCAGUGUGGGUACCUCUGCAUCAGAAGAUAUCUUGUGAGUCAGUCCGUUGUGGGUGAUCAUCAGGGAUCUUGGUGCACCCCAGUGGUAAGGCACCCCAGUGGUAAGGCACCCCAGCGGUGCACUGCCGGCUUGUGAAGUUGUUCAGGGACUUGCGCCAUUGUAAUAUGGUUCUAAUUAAGUCCUGGAAGAAUGAUAAUUGGGCAUUAUCAAAGGUAAGAGGUGUUUUGCCUCGGGUUUCAGACAUAAAGUGGUUCCAAACCUUAGAGAUGGCACAACACAGGAUGACAUCCCUUUUGACUAUAGUGGGUGAGUCUGGAAUGGCUGGGAGUCGGUGCAGUCUAUCCAGCAUGACUUUCUGAGCAACUGCUGAUGGCAAGAUGGUGGCAAGGAGUCUCCUUAUAUAAUGUGGUAGCUCAUCUGCAAAACUUUCAGAGGGUAUCACAUGGAUUUUAAUGUGGUUGCGCUGGGCAAGGUCCUCAUGGGCAGAUAUUUGCAGUGACAGUCUUUGCUGGGUGGUCUGCAGUUGUAUCAUAUUUCUCAUGUUGGUCUUGCCGCUUUGGAUGUCCAUAAUGUACUCCUCUGUUGCCCACACGCAGUCAGUUACAUUUUGCAUGUUGUCUUUUAAUAUUCCCAUGCAGUAGCAUAGCAAGGGGAAGGCAGUCCGGCCCGGGCGGCACUUUUUUCGGGGAGGCAGUGACCCUCUGUAACGGCACCCCCAGGCAUAAAAGGGUUAAACUGUCGUUUAGAAGAUCUUCCCCUUCCAAAGACACAGGCAGCUACUGUAGACACCAAUCCACCGGACCGGAGAAGCAUAUGAAUGCCGUAAGCAGCUGAAUAGGAAAAACCAUACGAAUAGGUUUACACUCCUAGCAGUCGAACUGGAACAGCAUACAAUAAAUCCCCCCAAGAACGAGACAAAGCUCCGUGUUGAGGGUCAAGCAGUGAACAGACUGAGCUGUGGGUUUAUUGUUCUUAUAUACACAUUAGUACCACCCACAAGGUUUUGUAAAACCACCAAUAAACACAUACAAUACACUCAGACACUCCCACACAAAAUCCUCCCCUCUGCCUGUGAUACAAUUACCUUACACAAUGGGUAAUGUAAUUAGCACAAGCAGAGAAAUACAAUUUUUCCACAUUAUUCAUAACUUGAAAAGUAUGCAUCACAUUCACAUUCAGAAUCAGCAUACUCCAAAUACAAACAUAUGUCAAAAUCAUCCACAUUGGUCCAGUGGUUCAAAAGAUAGAUCGUAGUCCUUUGUGACCAAAGGAAGCAUGGCUUUUCUGACCAAAACCAGUUCCACAGAGUCUUCUAUCCUGGAGAUAAUUGGGAAGUAAUCCAAUUAUCUCCAAGGACAGAGGCAAAACUCCAUUGAACACGUGGCAGCAAAAGACAAUAAAACUGUCAGGAUUACUGUUUGAUCCAGCACGUAGAACUGUACAGCACGGAUGACAAAUAAGUAAUGUAUUACCGGUCCUUAGAAUGGCCGGAUUUAACGUACAAAGAAUAGUCAAAAAUACUAGCCGAGGUCAGGGAACACAGAAAGGGACACAGCGAUGAGGAAAGCCAGGAGUCAGGAUACCAGAAUAUAGAGAAGUCCAUAAACAAAGCCAAAGUCAAAGUCAAAAACCAGGUAGAAAACUAUAAACAGGAAUGCACUCUCGGACAACCACAAGGGAAACCACGACAGGGCACUGAGCAGGCUGAGAACUGGGCCUAAAUACCCCUCCUUUAGUUCUGAUAGGCUGUAACCGGCCUUUGACCCCAAAGUCAGUUACCAGGUUUAAUUUGCAUAAUUGCUGCUCAGCAUUAACCCUUCUGUGGAUUAGGUUGCUGCUCGGCACAACUUUUCCUGUGUGGACAGUAAAUGUCAUUAACCACUUUUCUAUAAGCGGAUGAAUACAUGACACCAGAUUUCAUUUGCACAAUUACUGCUCAGCAUUAAACCUUCUGUGGAUUAGGUUGCUGCUCGGCACAACUUUUCCUGUGUGGACAGUAAAUGUCAUUAACCACAUUUCUAUAAGCGGUUGAAUACGUGACAAAAACAAAAAAAAGCCAUUGCACAAAACAGGUACAUUCAACAUAUCCCCAGAUAGCUCAGAUCUGAGCGCACAUUAUUACUGAAUGGCGCUCAGAGCACACACAUACAGUUCAAUUGCCAUGGAGCUAAAGUCUUUCCCAUAGUCUUUCAUUAUACGAAUAGGCUCCAUGGCAUAACUAUCUGGGGUAUCACCGCUCAAACAGGGCCAGCACCGUAUGACCGGCUUUCGUGUCUCCGCAGGGGAAAAUCAAGCGUUUCAACAUGGGGCCAUAGUCUAAAGGCAGCAGGCGUGCAACCAGGCUCCUCCAAUGCACAGUGGCGAGAUUGGUCUCGUCACACCCUCCUCCCAUCCUCUGAGGGAGACCUGGCGGCGAACCUGUUCUGCUUGCCAGGUCUCUGUGCGGUGCGGUGCAGUGAGUGAGGGGAAGAGGCGUGCUCUCCUCCUGUCCUGCGGAAUAUUGAGGAAGAGCAGCCUGGCAGAGACAUCAGGUAAGUUCUUCCCAGCACAGCUCCCCUACUCUCUCACUUUCUCAGAGCCCCUCUCCCCCUGCAUCCCUUACACACAACCACUCUUCCCCCUCCCUUCCUUGCACAGAUCCCCUUGCCUCCCUGACAGCCCCCCUCCCUGCACAGAUCCAUUCUCUCCCUCCCUCCCCUACACACAUCCCCCUGUCCCCCUCCCUCCCUCUCAUGCACAGAUAAUCUCUCCCCCAAGUCCCCCUCCUCACUGCACUUUCACAGAUCCCCUGCACAUAUCUCCUCUCCCUCUGCCUCCUGGACAGUCCCCCUCCCUGCACAUAUCCCCUCUCCCCCUACCUCCCUGACAGCCCUUUCCCUCCCCUGCACAGAUCCCCCUUUCCCCUGUCCCUGCCGUGCACAGAUCCCCCUCCCUCUCCUGCACAGACCCCCUCUCUCCCUGCCUCCCUUGUACCCUGAAAGUCCCCCUCAGUCCCCAUUCCUGCACAGAUCCCCUCUCCCCCUGCCUCCCAGCCAGUCUCCCUCCUCUGCACAGCCACCCUCCCUGCACAGAUCCCCGCUCUCUGCACAUAUCUCCUCUCCCCCUGCCUCCCUGAAAAGUUCACUUCCCUGUACAGAUCGUCUCUCCCCCUGCCUCCCCAGCACCCGGACAGUCCCCAUCCCUCCUCUGCACAGAUCUCUUCUCCCCUGCACCGCCCCCCUCGUCCCUGCACCCUCCACACACAUCCUCCCUCCCAAGAAAUAAAAGUAUAUUUUUUUUAAAAAAGUAAAAAAUUUCAAUAAGCUGCGUUUCACUCCUAAGUGUUUAUUUUCACACCAAUAAAAAGUUAAAUACACUAAAGCCUAUCAUUAACAAUAAUAAUUUAAAGAAACACUGUGCCCAAACAGGCAAACCCACCCCACAUAAAAUCACUGUUUAGUAGAUAUGCCCCAAUGUAUUCAUUGGGUGUAUAUCUUAAUAAAGCUUGAAAAGGUUCUAAACUAUGUUAGGCUUGAGUCGUUGAGUACUUAAAGGAGUUAUGUCGGGCACAGCCACAGAUGUCCGCGACUGCACCGGACAUGACAUGGGUAGAGAUAAGGGUGGUAAAAGCUCUUGCUACCCACUGUUCCCACGUCAGUAGCGAGCAUUUUCUGGAUGUCCUGCACCCAGUUUUAUAGUUCUUGCUUGGUAGCAAGUGUAUUUUCAUCUGGUACAGCAAGGGUUGGCGACAUGGUGGUCUCUGUGUCCAGCUCUGCUUGGGUAGGUGAGUGGGCCUGGCGUCAGUGCAGUGGAGGCCAUCUUAGGCUGCGCCUGCUGCUGCAAUAGGGCUGCUGUGAUGUUCUGCAGAAGGGCCAGGAUGAGACUUUUGUGUGCAUCUCCCUAUGGCCGUAGGGGCAUCAGUGUGGUUUGGGUAAAAGUUGCCUUCAGGCUCAGAUUCACCAUAUGUGUAAGUUCCAACCUAAAAGAUUCUCCAGGUUGUGGAUGGUAAGUGGUAGGUAGGUCUGCGUUUCAGCUUUCCAGAGCAUGGUGUGUAAAAGAAAGAUGGGGUACACGAUCCAGAUAUCGGUUCUGUGUAAUAUAAUAAGUGUUUCAUCGCUCUGUCUUAUCACUUUUCUUUUGACAACAUUUUGCAUUAAUCUUUUUCCUGCGCAUGCAUACUAAGCAGCUACAAAGAGACCAUAUCCCCCUGUCUGCAAUCCACUGCCCUGGAACUAAUGGGCCAUGCUGUGCUGGUGUAUUAGGCAUAUUAGGGAGUUUACCAAAUAUGUAUAUUUGUUCUCUUAUGAUAUUAAGAUCCACAAUUUCAGCAUUGUAUGCUAAUUACGAUGUACCCGGCACCUGAACUCAAAGUGCUUUGUUCACAUUAAAAUAAUCUCUAAUGAUGAAGAUCUCUCUCUGAGUCUGGGCUACACAUAGCUCAAUAGAUUCUUGAUAUUUCAAGAUUUGUACCAUGACAAAGUAUUGUGUCUUCUCUUACGUAUAAGAAGUUACCUAGGUAUUUAUUAUUUUAUAGUUAAAGCUUCCAAGUACAAGUCCCUUCGUGGUCGCCAAUUGUAACUGCGGCUGGUUCCCUUAUUUACCACUAUAAUGUCUUAAAGCAUAGAACUUAGUAGGGCUAACCAUACAGAUAUCUUAAUUUACCAUAAUUUCAUAUAGUUAGUGUAAGAGAUCCUCUAUUUAAAAUAUAUAAAUAAUUGAGAAUACAAUAUAAAAUAAGGAUUGUCUUUGAAGCAAUAGUUUUGUCUUUUAGAUAUUUAUUAUAUAACAAUAUAAAUAUGGACAUAUAAAAUCCAUAUAGCAGAGUUUAUAAGAUUAAAUGCUUGCAAAUAUCAUUAAUAGGUUAACAUACCCUUCUGAACAUGUCAUCAUGUCAGCCUCUCUGUCAUUUUAAGAUGGAGCAGCGUCUGUCUCCAAGUCUCUCCUCUGUCUUAACAAUUAAAAGUACACCUAUUUAUACCUUAUGUGUCUCCAUUUUAGGGUUACCGUAGUUCAUAUAUGAAAAAGUAACACUUCUUUUACUUUAUUCAUUUUAGGACCUCCCUUAACUUGGCAAACAUACAAGGCCAUAACUAAAGGGUGUAUACGUCAUGGAAAUUUUCCUGACUUAGUUCAAGAUGGCAUCUUAAAGUCUGGACAUCCUUAUCUACUUAAGGUUACCACAGUAGCAUAGCCUUGAAGCUUGUUUAUGCAUUAUUGUUAUUGUAAUUCGUCUGGGACAAAAUGGCGCAAACAUAUUAUGCACUGGGGUUAUUGCCUAAAGAAACAGUUAUGAAAAACAAUAUGUUCCAUUUCUAACACCUUGUCAGUUUGCAAUAUCUCUUAAAGACAAAGUACACAGUUUAAGAAAUACAACAUUUCAUUCUAAAACUUGUAAUAUUUGCAUUUGCCCAUAACAAUGUGUGAAUUUCUAUUUACAUUAUAGUGGAAAAUUGUUUAAUACUUACCGUAAUUUUCUUUUCCUGAUAAUGAUUCAUGGCAGCAUUUACUCAUGUGUUAGCUCCUCCCCUUACAGCAGAAAGGACAGGAAAUAGAACUUUGAAACUGGUAUAAAUAGAUCCUCCCCCUUCCCAUCAGGCAGUCUUUGUAACUCCUGUAGUAUAAAUAGUGAGUAGCAGAAUCAUAUUCAACACAGAGGAAGUGCUUAAAUGAGCUAGUGCCCAGUGUCCAUGAUCAAAAAAAUAAUAAAAAUGGGCGUUUUUCCUUUUUAUUAUUUUUUUGAUCAUGGGCACUGGGCACUAGCUCAUUUAAGCACUUCUAUGUUGAAUAUGAUUCUGCUACUCACUAUUUAAUCUUUCUGCUUCUAUGCAUGUCUAGAUAGCUUCAAAGGGAGAGAGGCUUUAUAAAAUUCUAUUGUCAGUUUAUUUGAAACUGACCUUUGAUAUAACACUGUCUACUCUCUAUAUUUGCUGUCUGACAGUAUUUCUCCUCUGGAACCCUCUUUAGACCUAUUGAGGUAAUUUUUUGCUAUAAUGAUUUCUAAUAUCAGAUAUAUUGUAUCACUCACUGUAAUUAUACUAUUGUAGUAGAUGAUUUACUGCAAACCAAUUAGUUUGAAUGACUAUCUGUUCCUGUCCAAAUUAAAGAUAAUAAAGUUGCGUGCACGCAGAAGUAAAUUCACACUGAGACACAGAGUUCAGGUUAAUGAAAGAACUUCGGAGAAGUUUAAUGGCUUCUGAUUAAAAAGCAGGCUCGCAGGCCCUUUUAAAGGCAUUAUUACAUCAUUGAAGAAAAUCAAGAUAUAGACAAAUAGACAUUGCUAAUUGGCUUAGGUGCUAAGUAGUUAGUAAAAUGCCCUCCCUACGGGGUGUACCAUCUUAGGUCACUAUCCUCGUCAUGAUUGUCUCCUCCAGGUUUUAGCGCCAUUUUGUUAACAUGAGGAGCUCACUCGACGGGAGGGGCCUUUUGGCAGCUAUCCAUUUAGAGUGUAGCCUGGCACUGUUAGUUUCUCAAGGUUAGGUUUCAAGGCUUUUAGUAAAUACACAUUUUAUCAAAGCUAUCAUUGUAAGUGGGAUGCUACAGUGUUUCACACUACAGAUGCAUAUUAUUUCUUGCUGACAUGCAAAUUCUAUAUUCUAUAGACAAAGCUUUCUUGUAAAACUAUGGUGCCUCUUAGAGGUAUAGCAAGAGGAUUUAAAGGGGCCUUACAGAUUUAUAGAGGCCUAAUAAUUCUACAACACUAUAACUACUAUAGAGAUACUUACUCAGUGCAACAGUGUAUUUGCUAGAAUUGGGCAGUGCUACAUUUCAGCGCAAAACAGACCUUAGAUCAUUUGUGUAUAUAUUAAAUCUACCAAUGCCGUAUAUAAAUUGGAGUUAUAUAAUACUACCAAUCUGCAUACAGAUUAUAUGAAUCACGUACAUUGUGGAUGUUUGACAGCACCUUAUAUACAGAUAUAUCAGUUACAUAUACUGAGUCUGUUUAAACAGUAAUCAUACAUAGCCUACAUCUGCAGUUGAAAAAGACCCUGGAGGGUUGAAACGCGUUGUGCUAGCUGCUGUGUCAGCCAUUUCUGCUUUUAUUAUUUUAUACCAAAUAAAUAUUUAUUUUAACACUUCACCUUACCUGGUUCCUGAGUUCCUGCUAAGAAAAACUUAUUACAAACAUCUAAGAGGAGGAUCAGAUCCAGUGUGUCCCUUGGUGGAUGAAAUACCUUUACAGUCCAGAGCCUAACUUAUCUGGCUCUGGAAAGUGUGAGUGAACUUUUUUUAUUCUCCACAUAUUGUAAAUAGGUUUCAACAGUAUACACUAUGUUGUUUUCUUGUAUAUAUUAUAUAUAGAGUCCACAGUUACUGUCUGUUGCUGAAAAUAGGACCUAUACAAGAUUUUAAAGGUAAAAUAUUCCACUGUUUGUGCGCUUUCACCUUUUUUUUCUGUUCACUGUGUCCUCACAGUAACUCAUACAUAGAGCAUAUAGUGGAUACAUAUACUGAGGCUGUGUCCUCAUAGUAACUCCUAUAGAGAGCAUAUAGAGGAUACUUAUACUGAGGCGAUGUCCUCACAGUAACUCUUACAUAGAGCAUAUAGUGGAGACAUAAAAUAUAUAUAUAUAUAUACUCAGGCCGUGUCCUCAUAGUAACUUAUUCCAAGAGCAUAUAGUGGGUACAUAUACUGAGGCCAUGUCCUCAUAGUAAUUCAUACAUAGAGCAUAUACUGGACACACACUGAGACUUCAUACCAAUUCAUACAUUAGAGCAUAUAGUGGAAACAUACCAAUGCUGUACCACCACCAGAUCAUGUACAGAUACUGAGGCCCAGUGGUCUCCUGUGCAGUAUAUUUCUCCACUGACUGCAAAGCCUGCUUAUUUGUGAUAAUGUACAGAUAACAGCAAUCAAUGCCACAUACCUUGAUAGAAACAAGGUGUGUGUGGACUUAGUUAGGUUUUUAAAACCUGUCAUAUACAUGUGUGUACUUCAAUCAGACACCCAAGAAGGUUCUCUUACCUUGGAUAUUUCUCUGACUUCAGGCUGUGGAAUUCCAGCAGACUUUAUACAGCCAGGAUAUCCAUUAUUAGCACUCUUUUUCAUAGUGUCUCAUUGUAUUAUCAGCACUCCUUUGCACAAUGACUCCUUGCAUUAUCAGCACUACUUUGCCCAAUGCAUACUUGUAUUAUUAGCACUCUUUUGCACCAAACAUGCUUGUAUAAACUUACCUAAAUGCUCACCACACAAAUCUCCUAAAAUGUGACCUAUUUGUUAGAAGGAAGCCUAAUGUAAGCAGCUGGAAGGGACUGAAAGAACAGAGACCCAGGUGCCUUUACUAGUUUUAAUCUAAAUUACUAAUGCAUUUACCUGAACCGUUGCAGGCCUGUGUUUCAGUGGCAAAAUGGGGAUUUGAACAACUGACAGCCUAAACUGUUUAAACUAUAGGCUUCCAUCUGUACCCCAUAUGCCGAUCAUCACCAUACAAGGUGGAAUACAUAAAAUAGGUAUACCAGGGUAGUCACAACUCUGUUGGGCCGCAGGUAUGCAGUGUACCGCUGUCAUCCCCUCAGGGAGAGAGAUAGGUUAGACUCCUGAUUGCUGAAGGAGGUACCCAGGCUGGCAACUCUUACACAUGUGCUGUUUGCUGGGUCUUCAGGGAUAAGGGCUUAGACUCAACUGUGCCUCAUGUAUGCAGUGGACCGCUGUCAUUACUUCCAAGAGAGAUAAGUCAGACCCCUGGUUGCUGAAAUAGGAACCCAGGCUGGCAACUCUUACACAUGUGCUGUUUGCAGGGUCUUCAGGGGUAAGAGGCUGAACCCUGGCCUGGCUUCCUGUAGGCAGUAUAUCACAUUCAUCCCCUGAGGGGGUACCCAAGUUGGCCUGUUGCUGGGUCUUCAGGGAUAAGAGGCUGAACCCUGGCAUGCAGUGGACCAUUUUCAUCCCUUCAGAGAGAGGUUGGGUCCGACCCCCGGUCACUAAAGGAGGUACCCAGGCUAGCCACUUCAUCUUAGUGCGUUUUGCUGGGUCUUCAGGGCUUAGAGGCUGAACCCUGGCAGGGCCUAAAAAAUAUUGCCUGGUGAGCAUAAAAGAAAAAAUCUAGGCCUGCAUAAGCAGACUCCUUCCAAACUGCUGUGAAGGACAGAAAAAAAAAAAAGACUGCCUGAUGGGAAGGGGGAGGAUCUAUUUAUACCAGUUUCAAAGUUCUAUUUCCUGUCCUUUCUGCUGUGAGGGGAGGAGUUAACCAUGAGUAAAUGCUAACAUGAAUAAUGGUCAGGAAAUAUUUUUUUUAGAAGCAUUGGUCAUUUUAUCAUUACCUACAUUAAAUAAUUACUUUUCUGCAUGCUUACAAAAAUAUUUUUUUCCCACAUAAAUAAAAUAUUUAUUCUGGGAAUAAAGGGCACAGUUCUUUUUAUUUAUUUUUUCUGUUUUCCUAGGCAACAUACUUUGAGUCCAUUACUUGAAUGUGCAUUUAAAUGUUGUGGAUUAAAAAAUACAUAAAACUUUAAUAAAAUAUUAUAUAAUUGUUAAAUCUAUAGGAGGCGUUACAAAUACCUUGACAGCAGAAUUAUUCACUCAGUCUGCGCGAUCCGGAGCUUACAUGAUUGGAGGAGCAGUUAGCUGGAUAAGCUUUUUUGCUGUAGGAAUGAUUUUCCCAUUCAUAGUGGUAAGCAUAAUGUGAUUAUGGGCUCACAAUCCUUGCAAAUAUUGGAUUAUAAGGAAAGGAGUAUUGUAUUGCCAAUCCGAUGUUAAUUGAAUAAAACUCCCAGAAAUCUUUGAUAUAAUAGAUGGCCAGAGAAACAUGGGACUUGUAGUUCAGCAACAUCUGGGGGGGCAUAGUUUGACAUAGCUGCUUUGGACACUCUCCAUACAUGAUCCUACUACAUACACUCAGAGACGUAUUUGCAGCCCACCUUUUGGCUCCCCCAGGGCAGGCAGUAGUUUCCUGGGUGGCACUGGCGAGGAAGCACUUUCUCCUGAGCUCUCUCGCGCGAACCACACUGAUGCCGUGAGCAGGAAUAUGACAUCAUAGUCCGGCUCCCGGCAUCACUCUGCGGCGGGCGAGGGAGCUGAGCAGAGAGCUCCCUCGCCAGCGCCGCCAAGGAAACCACUGCCCGCCUGUACGUCUGGCCGCCUCCAUGCCCAGCAGCCCCACUGGACCCCAGUUGAGAAAUCCACCCAGCUAUCCCAAACGUAGGGAGGCUGGGUGGAUUUAAAUUAAAAAUAAUUGUGAGUGUGGGGAAAUGUGUGUGUCAGUGAAUUUGAGUGUGUGUCAGUCAAAGUGCGGCCUGACAGGAAGGGGUGAGAAAAAUUUAAAUAAGGGGGGGAUGGUCUGAGCACCGUCCUGCCUAGGGCAGCACAAAACCUACAUACACCAUUGCAUACACUAGGAGAGGCUGUACUAACAAUGUGUGAGGAAUUUAGAUAUCUCCACUAAAAUAGCCAAUCCAAGAACAGAAGUGGUUCUUCUUACACUAAUCCACAGUUUACUAUGAUGCAAAAUAAUUGGUAAUUCAGCAUUAGACAAGACAAAACUAGAACGACUGCUUAAUAGGACAAUUUGUCCAAAGCAGUUAUAUUGGCCUAAAUUGGUCGGUUUAACUUACAAUUCACUUGUAAAGGGCCAUUAAAAUCGCUUAGUCCAAUUCAUCUAAACAAAGUGGCCUGCUUGCAGUGUUCACCAUGCAAUGUGAAACAUUGCCGUUUUGUAGAAACUGCAGUAUUUACAUUGCUAGGUUAAGUCCACCUCUAGUGAACAUGUUCCUGACAGCUACUAGUGGUGCUUCCGUGGGACUCAGUAAAACUUUGUACAGAAGGCCUCCAUAGGAAAGCAAUGAUUCAACUGUUACGACUUCCUGCUUUGAUUGAAAAUUGUUUAGAGUCCGGCAACCAUUGAUAAUAUAAAUCGCAUCGAUGUAGGGAGGGGUAUGGAACUGAUCCAGAUGGCAGAAACUUCUGAAGGAGGCAGGAAGUAGGAUGGCUUACACUGCUUCCUCAUAGGCUUUGUAAUCAGCUGUUAAAAAAUGGUAAUUCUAUUUUAUGAUUAUUAGUAUUAACGAUUACAUUUUCCUUUUUUUUUUUUUUUUUAGAAUGGAUUAAAUCAAUAUUGCUUCCUGUUUUUCCUUGUGGAAUGCGUACUAAUAGCAGGUUUCAUCUACAUAUUUGUCCCAGAGACCAAAAACAAAUCAUUUCUUGAAAUUAAAGAGGAUUUCCAAAAACUUAACUUUGGUCACAUUAGUUCCAUUCUAAGAGAAGAUCGGAGCAAAUACUCUACUUUUGCUAUGGAAAUGUGAUCUCAAUUAUCAAAUGUUGUUUCUACAAAAAAUGCUAGCGUAUAUUUUUUUUUUAAGCAUUAAAACAAAUAUUUAAAAAACUGUAUGGGCAACAAACAAUUUCAGACACAUUUCAAUAUAGAAACCGGAAUACAUUAAUACAAUGUAUUAAUAAUAAUAGUACAUUCUGAUGACAAGGCCUGUGAUAACCGUGCAUUUGGCUAACCUUUGCCCUGCCCUGUAGGGUUUACAAUAAUCAGAGACAGGCUAUAGACACCAGAAACACUACAUUAAGCUAUAGUGGUUCUGGUGACUAUAUAGUGUCCUUUUAAAGAGGUGGUCUUGGUGACAAGAUGCAGUCCCUGCAGUUUGAUAAUGUUAGGAAUGCUUCUAAUAGCUUCAGACAGUCACCAGAGGUGAUGAUGCCAAAUGCAGUAUAAAUCUCCGCUAUAGAGUAUUAGGACAAUUCUUAUCUAUGAGGAGAAUGUGAUUGGCCAGUACAUUUGUGGCUGCAAUGCUUUUCUAUGAGAAGCAUUGUAUUGGCCCAAGAUCAUCUAUCUGGAUGAUUUCAGAAGACAGUGGAGCUGCUAAAAGGAGAGUUUACUUUUGUUUUUACAGUGGAACCGGAAUCUAAACAACCAGAUGAACAAUCCAUUAUAAGUACACAUAUGAAUUUAUCACAUUAGAGCAGGGGUUCUCAACGUUAGUCUUCAGGACCCCCUACCAGUCCAGGGUUUAGGGAUUACCUGGGUGUGUCUA